CAUCAUAAUUAUGCCUACAGAACAUAGAACAUACCAUCUUACCACUAUUUUGUCAGUUAUACCUACAGUACCCAACCCACUAGGUACCUGGUACACAGUUAUCUUCCGCAGUUCCUUUUCUUUGACGGCGCGUUUUACCUAUGUACUUAUAGUUAAUUAUUAAUUAACGUGGUUUAAUUUAUCACAGACGCAAUGGUGAAACUGUGUUCAACAGUACUUAUCGUAUUCAAUUCAUUAACAACAGCCAUCUGCAAUACAUCGCCAACUUCACCACUACCGCUAGCAAAACUGAAAACCAGAGCUAGUUACAUACGAAUCAUUCUUAAAAAUGAUCUACUUUAUGUUGAUAAAACCUACUUUGCAUUCAUUCUAAUAACUGACGAUGAUGCUCACGUAAGCUUACUUCGUCCCAGACGGUUCGGAAAAAGUCUGUUUUUGGAUACAUUGAAGGAAAUCCUCGAGGGCAACAAAGAACUGUUCACGAAUUAUUAUAUAGGAAAAACAAAUUAUGCCUGGAAGAAGCAUAUUGUUUUAGUAUUCGAUUUCGCUUCGUUUUGUUUAGGAAAGGAAGGCGAUUUAGAAAAAAAAUUGUCCAGAGAACUUCGUAGAAUGGCAACAGUUAACGGAGUAUGUAUCAUUGGUGAAGAAUUCGAAGAUCUUCUUAAAGACCUCUUAUUAGCAUUAUCAAACAAGAUUGAUUACAGCACUUUCCAUGGCAUCGCUGUAUUGAUAGAUGAAUAUGAUGCCCCAAUCGCAAGAACCUUAGAUAAUACUUCACUGUCAGAAAAUAUUUUUCAAAAAAUGAACAGUUUUUUCUCUAUCCUGAAAUCUCACAGUGAUAUCAUCAAUUUCACUUAUGUUACUGGUGUGGGUAACUUUGGCCUUUUUUCCCCUGACUCAGGAUCCAACCACAUCACCGAUAUCUCUUUACUGCCCAGAUAUGCUACCGCUCUUGGUUAUACAGAAGAUGAAAUUAAGAAGUAUUUUUCUGCAUAUAUUCUUCAGAUGGCCAAAACCAGAAGCCAAACUGGAGAUGAGGUGAUGACGGACCAGAAUAUACUUGAUGAAAUGAGGAAAUAUUACGAAGGAUAUUUUUUCUCUACAGACACAUCUGCAGAAAAGAUAAUUUUCAACCCGUGCUCUCUAAAAGUAUACUUCGAUACCGGUCGACCAAAGAACGUUUGGUCAACAAACGGCAGAGCGACGUUAUUGUCUAGUCAGCUCAAAAGACAAUCGUUGGAAGAGGUGUUGAAGAGCUGUUACUUUGACGGAAAAGUAAUUUCUAAAGCAGAUCUCGAAAGUGGCUCGAACAUCACAAACAUAAAUCUGCAGUCAUUAUUUUUUUACCAUGGAUAUUACACAAUUAAAGAAUGUAGGAAUCGUCAUUUUCGUUUGGAUUUCCCAAAUGCAGAUGUGAAGAUUGCUUUUGAUAAAGAGAUAAAUUUGGCAGUAGAAGAUCGCAUGAAUGAUAUAAACAAUCUGAGAAUCAGUCUUGAGAUCGUAGAUCUCGAAUAUUUUUUCAGAAUUUUAAACAGAAUUUUCCUAGAUGUACCCAGCAACAUCUACAAGAACAGCACAAAAAAAAUGUUCCAAAUUGCGAUUCAAGUUCUUCUCACAGGUGCUGGAAUUUCAGCAAAAUCAGAAUAUACGUGUUCAUUAGGAACACCAGACUUAGUGGUGCAAUUAAAAAAUCGCGUAUAUAUUUUCGAUUUGAAUGUCUUACAUGAAGAUGAGGCAGAUGAUGCGAAGCUUGCUCUCGCUAUGAUGGUAGAAAACAAGUAUGCGGAUGUAUUCAUUCAGGAAAAAAAUGUAAAGGUCAUACUUGUGGGUGUUUCAAUAAACACCUUGAGACAGGAAAUUUUUUGGGAAGCAAAAACGGGUAUGGGGACACUUUUAUAAAGAAACGAAAAAAUGUCACACUGGUAGGAGUCUCUUUCUAUACAGAAUUUAGGGAAAUUGGUUGGAAAUCUAAGGUUCUAUGAAAAGUUCUAGACCUUUAAUUUUUUCAUGUUAUUUCAUCUUGCUCACCUUAUCCAUAACUUUAUCUGUUUGAAGAUGAUUGCAUCUUCUUGGCUCAUUUCCUCUCUCUAUCAUAUCAUGAUACAUAUUUUGAUCAUUCACUUUUUGAUAGGUACUGUAUGUACUUACCUACCUCCAAAUCCUAUUGCUUUGUCUUCUACUUUAACGACGUAUUUUUUUUUUCUGUUUGAGAUUUAUUCCCAUAUUCUAAAUCUUGAUGGUGUGUGUGUAACGCAGGUAUAUUUUAAUUUUGUUUUUUGCUCUUCUUGAUGUAAAUCAUGAACAUUUUUGUAGAUAUGUACAUAUUUUUUAAUGAUAGGUACCGCAGCACUAGAACUUAUAAAAAAUGUAGACAUCUAAUUAUCAUUGUGUUUACACCAGGGAAUAUCAAAUGUCCUGUCGCAAAAUAAAUCAAUUGAUUCAAAGGCA